CAAUCAGUCUCGGUAGCGUAGAAGGCCUGCGAGUGUUCCCGGAGACCAAUCGUGUCCAAGGCGUUUAUGGGAGUUAGCUGCCACUCAAAGCCGUUUGGACACACUGUCACUAAAUGGAGACAAAUUAAUGAUUCCUUAGGAUCUCAGAAGAUCUAAGAAGGAUUAAUACGGCGCUAUUUUUGGAAUCUUCCGUGUGAUGAUUUCUAUUAUUGAUAUGAUAUUAGUUGAUAGAACAUCCAGUUAGUGAUAUUGCUAUAGAGCUGUAAUAAGAGAUUAGUAAGAUAGGCAUUUAGCUGAAAGAGACAUCAACUCAUCUCCGGCAAACAUGCCACCUUCGCUGAUUAUGUCCACGUUUAGAAAUGUAUUUGACACGUUUGAAUGAGAGCGUCCACAAGAAGACGUACAUAUUGCAAGUAAGAAACUAUUUGUGAUUUUACAUUACAACUCUUUACAUUAAAUGAGUGAGACAUCAACAAUUUGAGUGAGAAAUAAAUAAAUUGGAAUAUACUUGAUAAAAGAAUGAUAUACAUGCGUUUAGACUGAAGAAUUCUGAACCUGCAACAGCACCCUAAAGACGCAAGGAAAUAAUUCUUGACACGAUUAUAAAUAGGUGUGUUAUUGGACAGGUUACUGUCACGGUCCAUAAAAUAUAUGCGGGAAGGUGGAAUUUUGUAGUUGUAGCUAUACAUCUGGGACGUUCAGAUUGACACAUUCCAAGUUAUAAUUGACAUGCGAGUAUUAGAUUAUCCCAUGAUUAUUCCAGACAUGCAAGAUUGACUCUGACAUUGCUGUACGUAUCUUUGACGGAAACUGCUAGAUCUGUUCAUUUUGAAUAAAUAAGUAAUGAUCAUGAAACGAAUUUAAAGUAUUGGAUAUAGGAUUUAUCUACUUAACAGAUAUUGUUAAUAAUAACCCCAUCUUAAUGGCGCAAGAGCAAUAAGGAAUCACGUGUAAGGUAUGAACUUGUUGGAUUUUUGAUAAACAAAGCACAGUUUAGGACAAUUGGACACGAUGGAUUCAAAGCCUUUGGUAGUCUUCUCAGUUCUUCUGACCCUCUUGGACCACACAUUUGGGAAAGUGUACAAACAGCAAAUCAGUCAACGGGUCAUCCAAACAAAAUACGGUAAAAUCAAAGGCGUUCUUAUGGAGAUCCCAAACCGAGAGUUAACACCCGUUGAAGGUUAUUUCGGUAUCCAAUACGCCUCACUCCUAGGGGGCGAGCUACGCUUUAUGCCCCCUACGUCUCCGAUGGAAAAAUGGACUGACGUAAGGUCAGCGUUUAGCUUCCGACCAGCCUGCCCCCAGCACAUCCCCCGGGAUAAAGAUCUAGAGAAAGAUCUCCCCCGGGGAAAGGUUCUCCAUCUGAAGAGAUUACAGAAAUUCCUUGUUACCCAGACGGAAGAAUGUCUGAACCUGAACAUAUACGUUCCCGUGCCAGAUUAUUUUAAAACUUCAUCUUCAGGUGAAAAUUCAACCAAAAGAGACCCGUAUCCCGUGUUGGUUUUCAUUCAUGGAGAAUCGUACGAAUCUGGGACCGGGAAUGCUUACGAUGGCUCUGUGCUCGCUAGCUUUGGUCAGAUUAUCGUCAUUACACUUAACUACCGUUUGGGACCAUUAGGGUUUCUGACUACUGGGGACAGCGAGGCCCCGGGUAACUAUGCACUGCUGGACAUUGCAGCGGCCCUUCACUGGAUUAGGGGCAAUAUUGGCGCUUUCCAUGGCGACCGCGAAAAGAUUACGGUCAUGGGCCAAGGUUAUGGUGCUGCUCUUGUUAAUCUGCUACUCGUGUCUCCAGUUACUAAAGGUGCUGAAAGCAAUUUGUUCAAGAAUGCCAUUCUUCUCAGUGGGUCUGCUUUAACGACUUGGGCGAUCUCGCACGAUCCACUUCAUUACACCAAACGUCUGGCAGACAAAGUGAACUGUUCGCAUGCGCUGGAUGAUUCCAGACGUCUGCUGUUAUGUUUCAAGGACAUUCCAUAUAAGGACCUUGUAAAGGCUCAAAUAAAACCCCCAAAAUAUUUCACGGGCUUUGGCCCAGUUGUUGAUAGACGCACUGUGCUUCCAAAGGACGUCGAGAGGCUUAUGAAAAAGCCGAUCUCAACAUUUGGUGACUCCAAUGUCCUACUGGGUGUUAUGAGAAAUGAAGGAUUUAUGUAUUUUAAUCAAGACGAAAUUGAACACGGAAUAACAGAAUCAAGAAAAAGAAAAAUAGUUCGCACAUAUAUACGUAACAUUUAUAAAUACCAUAAGCAAAAAAUCUAUGAUAUUCUAUCACAUCACUACACCGACUAUGAACGCCAUCGUGAUCCAAAAGCGAUACGUGAUAGCGUAAUGGAUAUGCUUAGCGACGGACAGUACGUCACACCAAUGAUGGAGGUAGCCGAAUACCACUCUAGAUGGAACAACACAUAUUUCUACGGAUUCAGUUAUCCGUCACGGAUGGAUAGUUAUCCUCGAUGGGCGGGUGGAGUGGAUGGAGAUGAUCUGUUAUAUAUUUUUGGUGCUCCACUAGCUGAUGGGAUUGAUCCUUUCCAAUCAGUGUACACUCGGUCAGAACGUAUGCUGGCCGAAGCAAUUAUGCGCUUCUGGUCGAAUUUUGUCAAAACAGGUGAUCCUAAUAUUCCCAUAAAGCAAAGUUCCGUGCACGGAGGAAGAGUAAAGAAUCGUUUCGUGGAUAUCCAAUGGCCCACAUUUACUUCCAAAAGCAAACAUUAUCUCCACAUAGGUAUGCGGCCCGAGGUAAAGGGGAACUAUAGGGCUAACAAGAUAGCCUUGUGGCGAGAUCUUAUUCCAAAUGUACAUACUUCUGAUUCAUUUGAGGACACUGCACCACUUCACCAACUUAACGACCACGACAAUAUGUCAUCAUAUGCCAGUGGAUUAUACAUCACAAAGCCCCCACCCUUCCCGUCAUCCCCAACACCCCCACCACGCAGGACACGACCAUCUAAAACCACAAAACACCAUCCUCCUAACGACCGACCAAACUCAACAAUCAAUAAAACACUCCCACCCACUUCCCCAACUCCAAGAUACACACCACCAACUAUUAAAAAGAAAGCACCACAGAAAGAAAAGGAUAACAAGCUCUCUUUAAGUAUUACCAUCGCUGUCGGCUGUUCUCUGUUAUUCCUGAAUAUCCUGAUCUUUGCAGGACUGUAUUACCAAAAGGAUAAGAGAAGACAGCGAGAAAAAGAGAAAGAAAUGCAAGCUCAAUAUGAAUGCGAUGUGGACUUCGAAAAAGAGAGAGAUAUUCAGCAACCAGGCAUGGUUCACUCGCAAUUAUUACACUCCCCUGGCUCUCCUGGCAGCCCAACCGUGCAUAGCCCGUUAGUGAGGGCUUCCCCUAGUCCAAAUAAGACAAUGAAUAUAGGUGUCACUGACACUACAGAUAGCGGCUCACUACCCUCACCACCACCCAAUUACUUGACCCAAAACCAUCACGUGACCACUCUACCCCCACCCCCACCACCAGCUAAUGGGUCGCCAAUAUAUAACGCCCCUGGGAACCAAUACAUCAGCAAUACAAUUCAUCCCCCUGGGAUUCCAGUUAUUCCACCUCAACCACCUUCGAGAUCACAUUCACGAGAAUAUUUGUCACAUGAUAGAUCUCCCCCGCGUUGUUAUGGUAAUCAUUCCCAAAGAGACAAAUCACCAACAAGAGUGUACAGUAACCAUAGAAGCCAAAGCCCAUCAACGGCAAGACGGCCAAAUAUUGUCAGCAUUAGAAAAGCAGACGAGUCAGCUCAUAGUUUAGGAGGAAAUGGCCUUGCAGAGUCAGGCAACAGUAUAGUCAUCAGGAAGACAUAUAGUCCUGACUCUGGUCAAGGAAACCACAGUUUAGAAAAAUCGAUGUCUCCAAGUACCCAGGAACAGGAAGUGACGACAGUUGUUUAGUUAAGAUAGACAUAGCUAGCUAGUAACUUAAAAAACUUGAGUAUAUGCCAUUAGUUUAUGCAAGCCUGUGUGGGAGACCUAAUUACACCCCCUCCAUAAGUUUGGCAAAUUGAAAUCUUCAUUUAAUAGCUUGUUAAAGCAUGUUGUUGUUU